AGCAGCAGCAGCAGCAGCAGCAGCAGCAGCAGCAGCAGCAGCAGCAGCAGCAGCAGCAGCAGCAGCAGCAGCAGCAGCAGCAGCGGCUGACGGGCUCGAGGGCGAAGACGAAGAGGCAGUACUUUCCGAUUUCCGGGAGAGUGUUGGAAGACUUGAGUUGGAAGAGAUCUGCGAAGACUCCGAAGUCCCGGAAAGAGAGCAGCGCGAGGAAAAAAGACAGCAGCCGCAAAGCCCCAAAAAAAGCAGAGAAGCAGCAGUCCAGCAGCGGCGCAGCGCAUGCAAACAGCAGCAGCAGCACGACGAAGUUCGACCCCACAAGCACCAGCGCCACCCGCGUUUCGAUCCCCAUCGAUCCCCAGCUGAACCCGCCCUCCCGCAUCCGCUCCAACGAAAACUGCCCUAUUUCAAACGACGCGUAGUGCUGCAGCAGCAGCAGCAGCAGCAGCAGCAGCAGCAGCAGCAGCACAGGCACGAGCGGAUGAAGCAGCAGCAGCAGCAGCAGCAGCAGCAGCAGCAGCAGCACAGGCACGAGCGGAUGAAGCAGCACCAGCAGCAGCAGCAGCAGCAGCAGCACCAGCAGCAGCAACAGCAGCACCGCCACCAUCCUGAUCAGCAGCACGAGCAGCAGCAGCAGCAGCAGCAGCAGCAGCAGCAGCAGCAGGGGCUGACGUCGUAG